CACUUCCAUGUAUUUACGUUACCGAGUGGGCAGCGACCGUCGCUUCCUUCUUUACUUUUCCUUCUUUCCACUUUCAAUUGCGGGCAUCAUCGUGUCAGCUUAGCUCAGACACGCGCGGACCCAGACGACGGCGGGACUCAAGUCGGACCCCUCUCUCUUUCUCUCUCUCUCUCUAUCUCCUCCAUCUCCGGGGCAUCCGGCGGAGCAUCCGGCCGAACUUCCCCCGUCGAUUUCCUGGAGGAAAUCUCGCUCCCCGGAUAGUCCGACGUUGCUUCACCUCCUUCCACUCCACCCCCAGCUAUUAAAGCUGAAGAUCAGAGAUGGAUCGGAGGAGAACCGGCAGCCCGGUGUAUUCCCGGCAGUGGAGCGGUGGCUCCAGCAGCACCGGCUCCUCCUCCCCCGCGAUGUCACCCGCACAUCCCCACGCCCGCCUCCCCCACGGCCUGUCCACCAUCAAGCGCACCCAGAACGUCGCCGCCAAGGCCGCUGCCCAGCGCCUCGCUCAAGUCAUGGCCUCCCAGACCGCCGAUGAGGAUGAAGACGACGACGACUUGGGCUUCAGAUUCGCUGCACCUCCACCUCCUCCUGCUGCUGCUGCCCAUCAUCCUUCCGGCCUCAAUAGCAACUCUGCAAGCAGCACUGGUCUGCCCGCCAUUUCCCUCGGCCGGCCCAACCGAUCUCCUUCGCCUGCGUUAGGUCGAAACUUUGUAGAUCAUGCUCCUUCGGUUCGGUCCACCUCAGCCGGAAGACCAUCCAUGUCUGUCCGCUCCACCCCAUUGGUGCCGCCAAGCAAAAAUACGUUGAGGACGCCGGUUUCUAUUCCUCCCAUCGAACCUCCUAGAAAAACUAGAGAGAAUAACACAAGGUUCCCUUCAGAUGUGGGACCGCUUAACUUAAAAGACAAAGGAGAUCAGCAUGAAGCCUCUGCACUUCAAGAUGAACUUGAUAUGCUUCAAGAAGAAAAUGACAUCAUAUUGGACAAGCUCCGACAUGAGGAAGAAAGACGGCAGGAAGCAGAGGCAAGAGCUAGAGAGCUUGAGAAACAGGUUGCCGCUUUAGGAGAAGGUGUGUCUCUUGAAGCUAAACUGUUGAGCCGGAAAGAAGCAGCAUUGCGGCAGAGAGAGGCUGCACUGAAGGCUGCAAAACAGACCAAGGGUGGGAGAGAUGAGGAAAUUGCAGCACUUCGUACCGAGAUGGAGAAUUUAAAAGAUGAUGCAGCAACAGCUAUUGACCAACUCCAAGAAGCAGAAUCUGAAGCAAAGGCUCUACGUGUAAUGACGCAGAGAAUGAUUUUGACCCAGGAAGAAAUGGAGGAAGUUGUCCUGAAGAGAUGUUGGCUUGCUAGAUAUUGGGGUUUGGCGGUAGAGCAUGGUAUUUGUGCUGAUAUAGCUUUAUCAAAACACGAGCAUUGGUCAUCUCUAGCACCUCUUCCAUUUGAAGUCGUCAUUUCUGCUGGUCAAAAAGCUAAGGAGGAGUCAUGGAAAGGUGGCGAUGACAUGGAUAGGAGCAAGCUGGCUCGGGAUUUGGGAGAUCUAACAGGAGAAGGGAAUAUUGAGAGUAUGCUUUCUGUUGAGAUGGGUUUACGCGAGCUAGCUUCCUUGAAGGUUGAGGAUGCUGCUGUUCUUGCACUGGCGCAGCACAAACGACCAAAUUUGGUUCGAUCUGAUUCGAAGUUGCCUGGUGAACCGAAAUAUAUGGAGGCAUUCGAGCUAAGUGCUCAGGAGGCUGAGGAUGUUCUGUUCAAAGAGGCUUGGCUGACGUAUUUCUGGAAAAGAGCAAUGAUACAUGGCGUUGAAGAGGAUAUUGCAGAAGAGAGAUUUCAAUAUUGGAUUAGUCGCAGUGGGCAGUCGCCCGCUUCACAUGAUGCGGUGGAUGUUGAAAGGGGAUUAAUAGAGCUGAGAAAGCUGGGGAUAGAGCAGCAACUCUGGGAAGCAUCUCGGAGAGAAAUCGUCGCAGACCAUCCUUCAAGUGCUGCCGGUUCCAUUUCUGCAAAUCACAAACUUACUACAGAUUCGGAGGUCUCAUCAUGAUGAUCGACAUCUGCACCCUCCAGCUGCUGUCUUUUCCCCUUGUAUUCCAGCUUCCCUUUCUCAUUUUUUAUUGGGUUCCUUGUUUUUAGUCCUGCUUUGAUAAAAUGAUAUUGAAUUAUAUAUUAUAGUUGUCUCUUUCUUUUUUGAUGGCCUAGUUACAGCUUUGUCUACACCUAUCUUCUUGGUUUUUCGAUCAGUCAAGUUUGAUGAGGCGAUACAUGUAGAGUGGGUUGUUUCGAAAACAUUGUGAAUACCUUUUGAACCAAAUCUGUUGUGGGAGAAGCCGAGGGGACCGAUGUAAUAGUUGAGAACACAGAGCUUGCAAAUAAUUCUGUUGAUAAUGUACUA